AUGGAGCAAAAUGGUUCAAUCAUGAUACUCAAGAAUCAACAUGUGUCAGAAAGGUCAUUGAAGGAAGUUUCAAGGGAUCAUGGUACAGAUGGUCAAAGGUGCCACUCUUUUAUAAAGAAGCAUGGUAUUUUACUUUUAAGGUAUGAGUGGGAUCCUAAGAUUGUGCAUUUGGUUAAAACCAACUUUGAUAAGCUUGCUGCCAGUCGCCUCAAAAGAAUGGGUAACCUUGCAAAGUCCAGAGGAGUAAAACCUGAGUGGAUUCUGUUGGACCAAUUGGAGUCAGAUAUUAGCUCAUUGGAGGACACCAAAAACCAUACAGAAAAGCAAAGAAGUAUGUGCUUCUCGGCUGUCUGA